UAGUAAGUUUUGAAAUCAGGAAGUAUGAGUCUUCUAAUUUUGUUUUAUUUGUUGUUGGUUUUUUUCCAGAUUGUUUUGGUAAUUCUGGGUCCCUUGUAUUUCCGUAUAAAUUUUAGGAUCGACUUUAGUGAGGGAUAAAGGCAGUUGGAAUUGUGAAAUAACAAGAAAUAUAUAAAUUGGUCUCUGCCCCUGGUUCCUGACACAGAGCUCCUCAAGCCCUUGUAAUCUCUUGAAUAACACAAAUUGUCGUUUGUCCUAAUGAGGUGACUCUGGGUGGGUUCCUGGAGGGGAGCUGGUCACCAGAAAGACCAAACCAUGAUUAGAAGCUUGGAAGUUUCAGCCCCACAUCCUCUCUAUCCUCCAGGGAGAGGAGAGAUUGAGUUAAUAGUUAAUCCUGCCUAUGUGAUGAAGCCUCCAUAAAAAUCCCUAAAGUAGAGGGUUUGGAGAGCUUCUGGGUUGGUGAACACAUCCACAUGCCAGGAUGGUGGCACACCCCAUCUCCACAGAGACAGAAGCUCCUGUCCUUGGGACCCUUCCAGACCUUGCCCUAUAUACCUCAUCAUCUGGCUAUUCAUCUGUAUCCUUUGUUGGAUAAUAAACUGGAAAAUGUAAGUAAGUGUUUCCCUGAGUUAUGUGAGCCAAUGUAGUGAAUUAUUGAACCUGAGGAGAGGGGUUGUAGGAAUCCCCAAUUUAUAGCCAGUUGGUCAGAAGUACCAGAGGUCCAGACUUGCAGUUGGCAUCUGAAGUGGGAGGCAGACCUGUGGCACUGAGCCCUUAUCCCGUGGGAUCUGAUGCUAACUCCAGGUAGAUAGUGUCAGAAUUGAGUUAAAUUGUUUGGUGUGGAAAACCUCGCAUAUCAGGUGUCAGAAGUAAAGCAUUGUGAGUAGACUAGAAGAAGAAACAAAAUUGUUUUCUUUUAGAAUUUUGAAAGGGAUUAUAUUAAAUCUGUAUAUCAGUUUGGGGAGUAUUAUCAUCUUAACAAUAUAAAACCUUCUCAUUUUCUUUUUGACUCAAUACUGAACAUUAAUGAACAGCCACAAACAAAUUCAGUGUUUCCGACACCUACUCUUCUAUCUUCAUUAGUCUAAGCCUCUAACAACCUAUUGGGCUAAAGAUGUCCACAACAAUCCUGUUGGCUGAAGGUGAGAGCUAGUGUUGCAAAGUGUCCUGGGAAGAUGAUUUGCACAAUGAAGUAGCCACCAAACCACUGCUUAAGCCCAGUGCUAGACCUCCUUUUUCUGCUCUGUAGUCCAGAAACAUGUCUUUGAAAGACAGAAAAUCCAUACAUGGGAGCAGUCUGUCAAGUAUGUCACCAGCCAUCUUUUGGGAGCUGUAAUGUUUGGAAACCACCACGUUAAACUCAGGAAGCCUCCAGUAGCUGUUCCUUCAUACGCUUUUCUGCCAAGGGAAUAUAUUCAUUAAAAAUAGGCAUUGUAGGUGAUUUUAUUAUCCUUCAUUUCUUCCAAUUCGUGGUAGCACUUGUCCAUGUACUUUUUCUCUGUAACGCCUGGAACUCUUCAUCCAUGAUAAUGUCCUCUAAAUAUCCAACCACAGCAUCACUUCUGCAUCAGAGGCAGAGCAGAUGGAUAGUACGUUUCUCUUCCUCUGAAGAAGACAGUGGUACCAGUCAGCCUCCUACCCUUGGGCCCUUGGCCCAAGCCCAGCUAUGCUCUGCCCCAGAGAGCCCCAACUGGCAUUGAGAGCACGUCGACAUGGAGGCUUCACAGUACCACCCAUGAGUCCAGAGCACUAGGCCCCAGCCACUUCCCACUGAGGCUAUACACCCGCAUGGGGCUCCUUAUGUUCAUUACUCUCAAGAUAAUUCUUUUAGAGUAGUCUUUGGUUACAAGGAGAAGCAUCAGAAGCAUAUAAAGGGGAUAACAAGGAUCAAGAAGUUAAGAGGAAGGAGGGGAAAGCUGAAUCAGUAAGGAGGAAGAGGGAAAGGAAUGAGAGAACCCUUGUAUUCUGAGCAAAAAGCUUUAUAAAAGCAACAACAUCACCAAAUAAAAGCUGGUUCCUAUUGCGUAAGCUCUUUGUAGCUCUUUGGAGAGAUAUUCUUAAAAGUGGACACUGCAGUCCUGGACUUAUAACAGUGAUAAUGUUCUAUUACCAUCAUUUUCCCUUAGAUAGUGACUAAGUGUAUCUUUUAUCCAGAGCAGUCCAAGAAUGCUGGGACAGAGAUGGGGGCUGGAAAGACAGGCUUAGGACAUUAAUUAUUAAGGAUGACAAAGAAGGUGACAAGAUAAGGAGGGGGGAGAUUUUUAGGGAAAAGGAUAGCACGUCUGAGAUAAGUGGGAAUUGGAAGUUGCCCAAGGAAACUGAAAAUGGUAAAUUUGUGGAGAUAGACUGACUUCUUCCCUAAACUCUCACAGAGAUUGCUACACGUGGUAAGUUCUGUUGCCCAAAUGACUUUCUUGGGGGGCUUUUGAGUGACUUUAUCUCUUGCUAUAAAGCCAGGUUUCAAUCCACCCUCAUUUUGAUUCAAGACGUCUGCCAGAUGUUAACCAAAGAUUAUCUCUGACCAUUGUGAUUUUGAGUAGUUUUUUUUUGUAAUUCAUUCCAUGUUUUACAUUAAACAAGUAUUGUAUUUAUAACUGGGAAAAUAUCAAUAAAACUUUUUAUUUGGAGAGAAAUGUGGCUCAGUUACUGUCCAUGCCCUGGAUCUAGGUCAGAAUCCCAGGAAGCUGAUUUCAUAACUUCCUCUCCAUUUCCCUGGGGGCCCUCACCUAGGAGCUGCUGCUUGGUGUAGGCUGGGGUGGUAAACAGGGCCCAUUCAGGGAGAACAAUGGUUGCCAGGGGGGUGUCAUCUGAGAGCAGUGACCAACUUUGUCUUGCCUCAGAGGAUGCAUAUCUGGCCCCAACCUAGCCCCCCACAAACAUUGCAUUUUCUUCUUGACUUGGGGAAAGUCUUGAAAACUCAAGAGAUGUGCAGCUGAGUUCCUAUGCACCCAGAAAAAAAUCUCAGAUGGAACUGUAGCUCCAGUGAAGUGUAUAAACUGCAGACAUCUGAAUACACAUCCAAGGAUCACAGAUUGAGAAACAGCUCUACAAGCCCCCAACCCCGGCAACAUGAGCAAUCUCCUAUGGAGACUCAUCCUUAUUGCAACAGCAGGAGUGUUCCCCAUCUUCUUUUUCAUUAAAGAAAACCCCUUUGAUACUGCAAGCUUCCUGUCUUUGGAGAGCUAGAGAAAUCCUAACUCCCUUCAUCCUUGGACACAUAACCUAUGCAAGAACCCCUUGUGUAGAAUUUUUUCAGAAGAUAAGGAAGAGAAUGAAUUGACCCCUGAGCAACGUGCCCUGUAUCCUGGAGAUGUUUCAUUAUGUUAUGCAAAGAGGAGUCCUCCCAGCCAUUACUGCCAAAGGGCACGAAUCAUAGAGCUGAAACCUACCCUUUUCUCAGGAGGAAAAAGAGGUGGUAGCUUGGCAGAGAGCGCGGAUGCAGAUCAACCCAGGUAGAACAAAACACCUGGAAACCUUCGAACUCAUGCAGAAAAACUCAGAACCACUCAAAAAGGUGAACUCUCGUAUCGUGAUUGGAUUCCCUCCUGUGGAAAAAAAACUGCUGACCAUAGGGAUUGCCUCAGUGCAGCAUCCCCAAGGGAGCUACCUCUUGACCACCCUGCAGUCUCUCUUCUUUGCUUCCUCCUCAUCUGAGCGGAAACACUUCAUCGUCCUGGUACACCUGGCAGAUCCGGACCCCAAGUGGCUCAGUCAAAUGAUCUCCAACAUCUCAACCCUCUUUAAGCCAUAUAUCCAGGCCAGACAGCUAGUAGUGAUCAAUACUCCUCUUAAAAGCUAUCUCUCUUUGAAGGACCUUAAGAAAAACUUUAAUGACAUCCCCGCCUAUGUAGCCUUCCCCUCCAAGCAGAACAUGGAUUAUGCCUUCCUCAUGAACUUUGCUACCAACCACUCUGACUAUUUCCUGAUGAUCGAAGAUGACGUGAAAUGUGCCCCUGGAUUUGUCACCCAGAUAGCUACUACAGUGUCCGCCUGGGAAAACAAACACUGGGUGACUCUGGAGUUCUCUCAGCUGGGCUUCAUUGGAAAACUCUUCCAUGCUAGAGACCUCCCCCGCUUUGUUCAUUUCCUUCUCCUCUUCCACCAAGAAAUGCCCGGUGACUGCCUCCUCUCCCAUUUUCACGACCUUCUCAUGCAAGAACCGCGGAUCCACUUCUUCCCUUCCCUCUUCCAGCACAUAGAUAAUUACUCCUCCUUUGAGGGUAAAUUCAAUAGCCUCGAAGAUAAAGAGUUUAAGGAAAAUGACAUUGGCUCUCCCAGCAACCCUGCUGCCUCCAUCUACACUAACCUGAAUGUUCCUCAUGACUCUGUUCUCAUAAAUGCCUAUAGCUUGGAUAGGAAUUUCUUUUAUGCCAAGUCGGCUGAGGCUGGCAGUCAUCUAACUGUGGUUUUGGACAUACCUGCCGAAGUGUUCCGAGUUCAAGUGCUGACUGGCUCUGACCUAAAAGGCAAAAAUUGGCUGAAAGAGGGACACGUCGAACUGGGCUUUGAUUGUACUAACAGGAUCAAUGACUGUGAUGACUACAUUCUGCUGGGGCUACUGGUAAACGGCAGCCUGAACAAGCAGGUAUUAUCAAACGAGUCUGGGAAGAAGGUAAAAUGUGUGCGAUUGCUUGUGACAGCCACUUCACCCUCUGGAAUAGUAGUCAGGCACAUCAACCUCUGGACUAAGUGAAGUUUAAGUAAUAUUUGGAGAAGCCUUUGGGAGUUCUGGGAGGGGUCAAGUUUGGGGUCAGAGUCUACAGAGGUAAAAGAAUAAAUAAAUAAAGUCC